AUGGGUUGUUUGAUUUCUCCUGUAAUGAAACUCCGUCGCCUCUCCUCGGCCGAUUCGCGGCGGUAUGCAUACCGGAAUCUGACCGACGAUAUGGAAGAUUCGGUGAUAAGGGUGGUGGUAGGGAAGGAGAAGAAGGAAUUUAUGGUCGAACCUUACGUACUCGAAGAGAAGCCGUUUAGAGUUUUGAUAGGUUCGGUUAAGGAUCAUACGUCCAAGAACCGGUUAAAACGAACGGAUACAGUGGUGUGGCUUGAUCAUGUCGACUCGAUCUUGUUCGAGCACUUGCUAUGGCUUCUUCGUAACGAUGCAUCUACGUUCUUGGGUAUGGAUGUCGUCGAGAUCAUUGAUUUCUAUGCUCAAGAUUGCUAG